GUGACCAGAGACGUCAACCUCGACAUGGCAGCCUCCUGUUUUGUAAAUUAACACAAGGUCCAAGCUGUUAAAGAAACGCAGUUUUUUUUAACCGCGGGAGUCGUUUUUGCCAGACGAAACCACCGGACACUGCCAUGACUCCAAAGAUUACAGGAGAGCUCCUUAGGCUCCUUCGCCAGACAAUGAGGAAUUGUAAAUAUUUCUCUGAGCCCAUACAGGCCUACAUUAUCCCUUCUGGAGAUGCACACCAGAGUGAAUACAUUGCUCCGUGUGACUGCAGACGUGAAUUUAUCUGUGGAUUUAAUGGCUCUGCAGGAACAGCCAUUGUCACAGAGCAACACGCUGCGAUGUGGACCGAUGGGCGCUAUUUCCUCCAGGCCAGUCAGCAGAUGGACAACAACUGGACCCUUAUGAAGAUGGGACUGAAGGAGACGCCCUCUCAGGAGGACUGGCUCAUCAGCGUCCUGCCAGAAAACUCCAAAGUGGGAGUAGACCCUUGGAUCAUAGCUGCAGAUCAGUGGAAGAAUAUGUCCAAGGCACUGACCAGUGCAGGCCACUCUCUGGUGGCAGUUCAGGAAAACCUGAUUGAUGCUGUUUGGGCUGACCGACCAGAAAGACCCAGUACGCAGCUCCGGACUUUGGGACUGGAAUACACUGGUUUGUCCUGGCAGGAUAAAAUCACAACUCUGCGAGCUAAGAUGACAGAAAGGAAAAUCACCUGGUUUGUUGCAACAGCGUUGGAUGAGAUUGCAUGGCUUUUUAACCUUCGUGGUUCAGACAUCGAGUACAACCCAGUGUUCUUUGCAUAUGCCAUUGUUGGGCUGAACACAAUAAGACUUUUUGUGGACCUAAAGCGUCUCACUGAUCCAGCUUUAAGAGACCACCUGCAGCUGGACUCUCCCAGCAAACCUGAGCUGAGCAUCCAGACGUUUCCAUACGAGUCAGUCUACACUGAGCUCCAGGCCAUCUGCACUGCCCUCGGCCCCAAAGACAAAGUGUGGAUAUGCGACAAGGCCAGCUGCGCUCUCACACAGGUCAUCCCCAAGGCACACAGGACUCCGAUCCCCUACACCCCACUCUGCCUGGCCAAGGCUGUGAAGAAUUCCACUGAGAUUCAAGGCAUGAGAAUGGCCCAUAUCAAGGAUGCAGUCGCUCUAUGUGAACUCUUUGCUUGGUUGGAAAAGGAGAUUCCAAAAGGCACAGUGACAGAAAUCUCUGCUGCUGAUAAAGCUGAGGAGUUACGCAGUCAACAGAAAGAUUUUGUUGGCCUCAGUUUCCCUACAAUUUCCAGUGUUGGUCCAAAUGGAGCAAUCAUACAUUACAGACCACUGCCUGAAACCAACAGGACCCUUACCAUGAAUGAAGUUUACCUGAUCGACUCUGGAGCUCAGUACAUUGAUGGAACCACAGACGUCACACGCACCAUGCACUUUGGGACACCAUCAGCUUUUGAGAAGGAGUGCUUUACCUAUGUGCUGAAGGGACACAUUUCUGUCAGUGCUGCUGUUUUCCCCAAUGGAACCAAAGGCCACCUUCUGGAUUCGUUCGCCAGGGCUGCCUUGUGGGAAUCAGGGCUCGACUACCUCCAUGGUACAGGCCAUGGUGUGGGCUGCUUCCUCAAUGUACAUGAGGGUCCAUGUGGCAUCAGCUACAAGACGUUUGCUGAUGAACCUCUGGAGGCUGGAAUGAUUGUCAGUGAUGAACCUGGGUACUAUGAGGAUGGAUCUUUCGGUAUUCGUCUGGAAAAUGUGGUUCUUGUAGUACCAGCUAAGCCUAAAUACAACUACCGGAACAGAGGUAGUCUGACAUUUGACCCCCUCACUCUGGUCCCCAUCCAAGUCAAGAUGAUGAGCACAGAGCUGCUCACCCAGAAGGAGCGGGACUGGGUGAAUGAGUACCACAGGAAGUGCCGGGAGGUGGUCGGAGCAGAGCUGGAGAGGCAGGGUAGGAAGGAGGCACUGGAGUGGCUCAUCAGAGAGACCCAGCCAAUUGUCUGAGGACUGACUCUUGUGCAAACCAAUCACUUUGUGCAGGAGCAUCUUGUAUGAUCGACGGCUCUGCGGUGAUAAUCGUUUGUAUUUUUUCUCAUCUAUCUCUGUGUCUUGCACUCUGCUUCUUUUGUAAAGCACAUUGUAUCAGCAGUUUUAUUAAAGGUCAUCAAAAAUCA